GAAGUAGUUGUACGUCAGAGCACGUUGUUCCUGCGCGGCACCGAAGCAUGCCUCCGCUUUCAAUGAGUGCACUUUCAGUGGAUUAAUAUUGGAAAAAUCUCCAUUAAGCAGUCGUGUACCCGGGUGGGAGUCGACGGCUUUGUGCUGGCACUUUAAAAUACGCUUCUCGUCCUAUUUGAGGGAAAUAGAUCAUUCCAUAGACAAAUAUGGCUGGAAUCCUGUUUGAGGAUAUAUUUGAUGUGAAAGACAUCGACCCAGAUGGCAAAAAGUUUGACAGAGUGUCUCGUCUACACUGUGAAAGUGAAUCUUUCAAGAUGGACUUAAUCUUGGAUGUUAACAUUCAGAUAUAUCCUGUUGAUCUUGGUGACAAAUUCAGACUUGUUAUUGCCAGCACAUUGUAUGAAGAUGGAACACCAGAUGAUGGUGAAUACAAUCCUCAGGAUGACAGGCCGUCAAGAGCAGACCAGUUUGAUUAUGUAAUGUAUGGGAAGGUUUACAAGAUCGAAGGCGAUGAAACUUCAACCGAAGCAGCCACGCGUCUUUCUGCCUACGUGUCCUAUGGAGGUCUUCUCAUGAGACUGCAGGGAGAUGCCAACAAUCUUCACGGCUUCGAGGUGGAUUCCAGAGUCUACCUUCUCAUGAAGAAGCUGGCCUUUUGAUUUCCAACUCCGCACCGACCUGCAUGUUUUUCUUGUUUCUUUUUUUUUUUUUUUUUUUUUUUUGAUCUGACUACAAUAUUUCAAGAGUCCAUGGAGUCUGCAGGCUAAACCAGUUUUUUUUUGUAUUGAUAAAAAAUAAUGCUUGUAAGGAGUGCGAAGUGUGAAUGCUGACUAUUGAGUAUGACGCAGAAAUAACUGCUGCAAUCUUCACCUGUAUUCAGUCUGUAAAUAAAGGUUUUUUUAAUGAAAUUAUUUGUUUGUCACCAUUUUCUUUUUUGAUAUGUUUACCUUUUUUUGUGUCAUAAUGAAUUGAUAAUACUUUUGUGCUUAUUGGGGAAACUUGAUUUAAAACAGUGAGUUCCAAUUCAGUCAUUCACUUCAUUUGGCACUUAUUUUCUUUUUGUCUUUCUACAGUUCAGAUGUGACCUGUUGAUUGUGUCUGCUAUGAUCCUAUUUCUGUAUUUUCAAUUAAACUGUUGUUUUGCUAAAUCUUGACAAUGGAUACUUCUUAACAUAUGUGUGAUAGAUUACUAUGAUGCUGUGUAUAUUUGUAUGUUAUUUGGCACUUUCAC